AUGUUGGAGGCAAUCUAUUCUUUUAACAAUGAGAUGAAAGAAUUGUUUCGCACUGUGCCUAAACAUGCAUCAUAUACAUCACCAACAAUUCAAAAGGAGAUUUUAAACCAUAUCUCUAAUAGGGUGAAACGGAUGAUUUGCGAUGAGAUUGAUGGUGGAAAAUUUUGUUUACUUGUUGAUGAAGCACAUGACGAGUCCAACAGAGAACAAAUGUCUAUUGUUUUGAGAUUCGUAAAUAAAGAUGGCGUUAUUAUGGAGCGUUUCCUUGGACUUGUUCAUGUUCGUGACAAUACAUCACAAACUCUGAAGAAUAGAAUAUAUUUCCUAUUUACACAUAAGAAUCUUGAUUUUAAGUCGAUUCGUGGCCAAGGGUAUGAUGGUGCAAGCAAUAUGCGAGGUCAUUUCAAAGGGUUGCAAGCAUUGAUUUCGAAGGAUUGUCCGUCUGCAUAUUAUGUUUAUUGUUUUGCUCAUCAAUUGCAAUUAGCAUUAAUGGCUGCUUCACAAGGAGUUAUUGCAUUGCAAAAGUUUUUUACUCAGUUAUCUUUUGUUAUCAAUGUCGUUGGUGCUUCUUCCAAGUGUUCCGACCAACUAAGAGAUGCACAAGCAGAGCAAAUGACAUAUUUUAAAUCUAUUGGUGAGUUGGAGACUGGUAGAUGCCUCAAUCAAAUUGGUACAUUACAACGGGCUGUAGAUACCAGAUCGGGUUCUUACUUGAAAUUAGUUUCAACCUUAAUCAAAAUGUUUAGUUCAAUUUGUGAGGUUUUACUUAAAAUUAUUAAGGAUGGCACUGGUUCGAUCAGAGGAGAUGCAGAUUCAGCAUAUGAGACUAUUACAACAUUUGGAUUCAUUUUUGUUCUACAUCUCGAGAAAGAAAUAAUGGAGAUCACAGAUUUGCUUUGCCAAGCUUUACAAAAACAAUCUCAAGAUAUAUUGAAUGCAUUGAGGAUUGUUGCAUCCACAAAAUUGUUAUUGAAAAAAAUGAAAGAUGAAAGAUAG